GGCAGCGAGGGCGCGCAUCCAGUAGUGGCGGCGCAGCCAUGUCGGGCCCGGCGCGUGCGCGUUUCUUCGCGCUCCAUCUCGUGCCCGCCACACUUCUUCUAUUGUCAUGGACUCCUACUCCUUCUACUGCGGUGGUGUGCAACCAAACAGUAUGCGAUUGUGCUGGCAUCAAAGGCGACCGGGGUGAUACGGGCCCCCCCGGAGUCCCCGGCAUGCAAGGGGACUAUGGUGAAGAUGGACCCAUAGGCCGCCCGGGUCGGCCAGGCGUGCCCGGUGACAUCGGUGACAGAGGCGAUUAUGGUGAUAAAGGAACUCAUGGCAUCGAUGGACCUUAUGGACCAAGAGGAGACACAGGACCACAAGGUCCAUUUGGAUCAGAAGGUGUCAUAGGAAUACCAGGGUUGGACGGUUGUAGUGGCGUGGACGGUAUAAUGGGACCACCUGGACGAGUGGGCUAUCCCGGUAAUAGAGGACAGCCAGGACCUGCAGGAGAGAAAGGUUCCCAAGGUAUGGCUGGCGAAGGAGGUGUCAAUUCAAGAGGAACGAAAGGUGAUACUGGUGAAUACGGUCGGCCAGGAGCAUUUGGACCUAAAGGCGUUAUGGGUUAUAGAGGUGAUAGUGGUUUCCCUGGAGAGGAAGGAGAUGAGGGUCCAAUGGGACUUCGGGGAGAACCAGGAGAUGUAGGAAAAGAUGGUGAGGAUACCGUCGGACCACCUGGAGAAAAAGGAGACCAGGGUCCAAUUGGAGAACCGGGAAGACCAGCGUCUAUUAUAAUAACUAGCGAAGUUCGACAGAACCUCACAGUUAUAACGAAGGGUAAUAAAGGUGAAAAAGGAUUACGAGGACAACGAGGAGUAAAAGGCUUGAAGGGAAUGCAAGGAUCGAGGGGUCAACCGGGACCAUAUGGUCCUGACGGUCCACAAGGAGUAAAAGGAGAUCAAGGUGGAGAUGGGCCCAGAGGAAAAAUAGGCCACCCUGGCCGAGAUGGUAGUCCAGGACCUAAAGGACAAAAAGGUGCUCCCGGAUAUGUAGGGCGCGAUGGAGAAGAUGGAUCUAAAGGAGAAAGGGGUGAAGAUGCCGAACAAGGCAACCCUGGACCGCAAGGUUUUCCUGGAGAACCUGGCAUCUACGAUGAAAGACUAGAUGUACCACCAACACAAGGACCUCAAGGACCCCAAGGUCCUGAGGGUAUUUUGGGUCCCAUUGGAGCUCCAGGUCUUAAUGGACCUAGGGGUUUGCCUGGUAUUGAAGGGCCACCUGGAGUUCCUGGAAUAAAAGGUUACCAGGGCAGACCUGGCAUCCCAGGCACAUCUACAAAAGGAGAACCUGGAAAUGAUGGUUUCAAAGGAUUCCGUGGAUUUAAAGGGGCUUCUGGUCCUAAAGGAUCGCCUGGUCCUACCGGGCCAAAAGGUUUUAAAGGUGCUAGAGUUAUCGGUCCAGAUGGCGAAGAAGGUGAAUCUGGCACAGAUGGCAUGAAUGGCCAACGAGGCGAUCGCGGAAACCCUGGAGAUAUGGGUCCACAAGGUUAUCCAGGUACAGGCGUACAUGGAGUUGGCCCUCCAGGAGAAAGAGGACCACCGGGAAUCCCAGGAUACGUUGGUGAUCCUGGUUAUGACGGCCGUCCAGGAUUCCCUGGUCCUAAAGGUGAACGUGGAGACGAUUGCCCAUAUUGUAGAUCAGGCUCAGAUGGACCAAAAGGACAGACGGGAGAUGAUGGCUUUCCGGGUACUAAGGGUUUCCCAGGAGCCGAAGGCCCUUCUGGUCCUAAAGGUUUUAAGGGCUUCCCUGGUAUUCCUGGAGCAAACGGACCAAAAGGACCCAAAGGAAACAAAGGCUUAGUCGGUGGCGCUGGACCACAAGGGCCAAGAGGACCGAAAGGAAUUAUUAUUUAUCCACCUCUAGAACUCAUGAAAGCAGAUGCUGGGGAAGACGGAGACCAAGGUUUUAUGGGUGCUCAAGGCCUUCCGGGUGAUGCAGGAUGGCCAGGCUAUACUGGAGACUCCGGUUUCAAAGGUUUAAAGGGUAAAAUGGGUGAAGACGGAUAUCCUGGUAGGCCGGGAAGAAACGGAACGAGAGGACGCGAUGGCCAACCGGGCUAUCCUGGCCGUUCAGCUACGAUUCCUAUCCAAUUUCUUACUGGGGAAAAAGGAGAACCGGGACCGAAGGGAGAAAUUGGUGAACCUGGAGAGGACGGUCUUCCUGGUGAAGUCGGAGAAUCAGUUGCCCACGGAAUCAAUGCCAAAGGCCCCAAAGGGCCUACAGGACCACAAGGACCAAAAGGUUACCCUGGAGCAAAAGGAGAAAGAGGUGAAAUGGGCUUUGACGGUAUUCCGGGAAUGGAGGGUGAUCAAGGACCUCCUGGCAGAUCCAUGCAGGGAAGAAAAGGUUUUAAGGGUUUCGUGGGCAGGAAAGGUGACGUUGGACCUUUUGGAAUUCCUGGUACCCAAGGACAAGCUGGACCUGAGGGCUACAUGGGAAGCAAAGGAAAGAAAGGUUCACGAGGAAAUCCUGGUUUACCUAUUAUAAUGGGUGAAAAAGGAUUUGAUGGUUUACCUGGUGAAGCAGGAGAUGAAGGCGAAGCAGGAUAUCCGGGAUUAUCGGGUAGAACUGGCUCCAUGGGAAACAAGGGAGAGCAGGGUCUACCUGGAGAUGCGGGUCCUCAGGGACCACAGGGACCUCAGGGCAGAAAAGGAAUACCAGGAAUAGAAAUACAAGGUGCCCCUGGCUUAGCUGGUCAGCCUGGAUGGCCUGGACGCAUGGGAAUGAUUGGAGAACCUGGUUUACAAGGAGCUCAUGGCAUAAUUGGAGAUAUUGGCCCCAAAGGAAUGAAGGGAAAUAUAGGACCUGCUGGUAUUCGUGGCAUGCCGGGUGAAGAUGGUUUUAGCGGUCUUCCUGGAUUCCCGGGCUUAGCUGGAAUUGUUGGAAACCAAGGUAGCCAGGGAGAUCGGGGUGAUACAGGACCCGCAGGGUUUAAAGGAGUACCUGGUCUAGUUGGCAGGCAAGGGCCUUCAGGUCGUAAAGGUAUGACCGGUGAUGUUGGUUUUGCUGGUUACCCCGGCAGGGAUGGUUUUAAAGGUUUUAAAGGAGCAAGAGGAGAUUUUGGUUUACCUGGACAAAAAGGUAUCAGAGGUGAUGAUGCUGAAAGAGGACAUAAAGGUGAAGAAGGAGAACCUGGUUUUCAAGGAUUUAAUGGGCUACCGGGUAAAGACGGUUUCAGAGGCAUGAAAGGUGACGAAGGUGCUCCAGGCCUAAGUAUUGCUGGUAUACCCGGAUUAAAAGGUGAAAGGGGAGAUUCAGGAUAUCCAGGAGCUUUCGGUAGACCCGGAAGAAAGGGAGAAAGUGGAGACUUCGGAUUCGUUGGAGAACGCGGUGACACAGGUGAUAAAGGAUACCCUGGCCGACCUGGUCGUCCUGGGUGGCCUGGAUCAAUUGGAAUCAAAGGUCAGCAAGGGAUGCCAGGACCCGUUGGAUAUACUGGCUUGAAAGGCGAUCAAGGCCCAAUGGGUAGACCUGGACGUAUGGGUUAUCUCGGUGCUCCCGGUGAAGUUGGCUUUAUGGGUCCGAGAGGACGUCCAGGACUCCCUGGAAUAAAAGGUAUACAAGGAGAUAUGGGAAUUACAACAUACGUGACUGCUACUAAAGGUGACAUGGGUGACAUGGGUUUGGAAGGUACACCUGGCUUGAAAGGAGAUUUUGGUGAGGUAGGUUUUCUAGGACUUAAAGGUAUCAAAGGUAUGCGUGGAGAUGAAGGUCUGCAGGGAGAACGUGGAGACACUGGUUUACAAGGAAUUGUUGGAAUGCGGGGUGAUCAAGGACCACCAGGUCUACCUGGCCUUAACGGAGUAAAUGCACCACGGGGUGAGCAAGGAAAGCCUGGAUUUGAUGGCUUACCUGGAUGGCCGGGUCCUAUGGGGCAAAAGGGCUCACCUGGCGAAUAUGGUAUUAACGGUCCUAUAGGGUUACCAGGUCCGCCAGGUCUAAUAUUUGAAGGCCCAAAAGGUAUGGUGGGAAUGGAUGGUGCCCCAGGACCGCGAGGUAUUUCUGGACGACCAGGAGGACCAGGACCGAUGGGAAUCCCCGGCUUCCGCGGAUUAAAAGGAGAUUCAGGAGAAAGAGGUGACUCAUACAGCCCCAAAGGUCAGCGAGGAGAUCAGGGUUAUGAAGGUUUUAAGGGUGCUACUGGCCAAAAAGGAGAUAGAGGAGAUUCUGGCAGACCUGGGCGUAUAGGAGAAAUGGGUCCUCAGGGAUUAAAGGGAUUGAAAGGUGACGAAGGCGAAGAAGGACCGUAUGGAGCACCUGGUCUUAAAGGUUUCAAAGGAGAUGCAGGAGAUUUAUUAGUUGCUUCUGAAAUUACCCCUGGUCCUAUUGGUGACAUGGGCCCUCGAGGGUUGCCUGGGCGUGAAGGUCAAGACGGAAGACCAGGUGAAUUUGGGCGUAAUGGUAUACCGGGAAGCAAGGGGAUGAGAGGCGAUGUAGGUUACCCAGGUUCAGCAGGACCUACGGGACAAACCGGGUUCGCAGGUUUAAAAGGUAUCAAAGGAUUACAAGGAUACGAAGGCUAUCGUGGGGCCUUGGGGUCUGCGGGUCCACCAGCAAUCCAGCCAACACCUAAAUCUAGAGGCUUUUAUUUUGCUGUUCACUCACAAGAAAGAAUGAUUCCACAAUGUCCAUCGGGAACCUCACCUCUUUGGAGCGGGUAUUCUCUCAUUCAUAUUAUUGCGAACGGAAAAGCGCACGGACAAGAUUUAGGCGCUUCUGGAAGCUGCAUGCGCAAAUUUUCAACAAUGCCGUAUAUGUUCUGCAAUUUCGACGAAGUUUGUAAUUUUGCUCAACGUGAAGAUUACAGUUUCUGGUUAUCUACGCCAGAACCUAUGCCUAUGUCUAUGACACCCAUUCAAGCCAAAGACGUUGGAAAUUAUAUAUCAAGAUGUCAGGUAUGCGAGGCACCCACACGAACUAUCGCCAUACAUAGUCAAAGCAAUCAAGUACCUGAAUGUCCCAACGGCUGGAGGGAACUGUGGAUAGGUUACAGCUUCUUAAUGCAUACGGCGGGUGCAGAUGCUACAGGACAAAGCCUCAUAUCUCCUGGGUCAUGCUUGAGUCAGUUCCGCCCCCGACCCUUCAUUGAAUGUAACGGUCUCGGUCGGUGCAACUACUUUGCUACGGCAGUUUCAUACUGGCUGUCAAUUAUAGAUGAGAAUAGAAUGUUUGAAAGACCAGAACAGCAAACAUUGAAAAACAACAAUCUACUCUCUAAAGUUAGCAGGUGUGCUGUUUGCAUAAGAGACUGGCCUGUACCGCACAAGAGCUCGGUACGCGUGCCUCCAGUAGGCGAUUUGAACUCUGUGCCCAAUGCAGCUAUCCGUCGCCCGUAUCGCACAUACAACCCUCGAAGACCAUACAUGCGCCGCGGAGUACGAGGAAGACGCCGACAAUGAAGAUAAUUGCCUAAAUAUUCGAGAUUCACUUAAAACCUUAUUUUUAGGAAUAAAUAAUUGUGAUGUAUUUCUCUGUGCUAACUAUGUAAAAGGGAAGAGACAUGGAAAGAAUAGAUAUCACUGCCAAAUUUAACUAAGUACCAUAUAACGACGUAACUAUUUACAUAGUAUUUAAUUAAUUUUAUAUAGAUAGCAAUAAUAUACCUAGCAAUCUAUUAUCACAAAUCAGAUAUUAUGCCAUCAGUACCUACCUAAGUUGUAACGUUAGUUGCAGAAUUGUAAAUCGACCCUCCUACCUUCGAAAUAUAUUUACGUAUGGUUAGGUACAGUUCCUGUAUAAUAAAAGUCUUAUUUAAUUUUAAUCUAGCUGAUUAUUUCUGAACUACCAUUAAUCAACAUUAACUCAAAUGCUUGCAUAUGAAAAUUCUGUAUAGAUACCCUCUUGUUUUGCUCCUUAAAACAUUUUUGUUUUUUGGGACAUAGUCCCUGUAAUAUAUAAAGCACUUUAUUAUAAUAGUGUUGUAAAUAUAAUAAUUAUUGACCUAGUUGCGAAUAGUAUAAUAUAAAACAAAGAAAAAUA